AUGGCUUCUGCUGGCCAAUUUUCAGAUACACAAAAUCUGGUUGCUCUUGUCAAGACAUUGACCAAUGCGCAACUCAAGGAUAUUCUCAGGAAUGAGGGGCUCGCUGUCUCCGGAGUGAAGGCUUCGUUGCAGUUACGAAUUAUUGACUUUAUUGAUAGACUUAGCCAAGCAGGGCAAGUUGAGCAGUAUGAUAACCUGAGGCAAUCCAUCUAUGCUACAGCACGACGGCCAGUCCCUACCCCCUCCACGACGCAGUCCGUUCCCACUCAACAUUUUCAACCUCACCCAGUCAGCCAGCCUUUGUCUACGCAGCAGAGACCUUCGCCUUUGAGCAUACAAAUGCCCUCACAUGGACUUACACCUGUACGCGAACAAACUAGAGACAGUGUGGAGCUCAAAGUUGUUCUUACACCAAAUGUAGCGUCUAGGCUACAGGCUGAGCCAAAUCUUCGGGUGAUGGUGUAUUGCGCUGCAGAUACAGGCCUCAAUCAAUUUACCAAGUCGGAUGUUGCGUUUCCUCACCAAGUUGAACUUAAGGCAAAUCUUGAUGAGGUGAAAGCCAAUUUGAGAGGUCUAAAGAACAAACCUGGUACAACAAGACCAGCCGACGUAACCCAAUAUAUCCGCAAGAAGCCUGGGUAUCCGAACAACAUUGUCAUGACCUAUGCUCUUACCCAAAAGCGGUUCUUUGUUCUCGUAAAUCUUGUUAAGCGGCAUCCCGUCGAAGAACUCGUGGUAGAAUUGAAAAGGAGGAAGACUAUUUCGAAGGAACAGGUCUUGCGAGAAAUGAGAAGUAAAGCAGGCGAUUCAGAUAUUGUUGCCACGUCCAGUGUUAUGUCACUCAAGUGCCCUUUAUCGACUCUUCGAAUCGAGGUCCCUUGUCGUUCUGUUAUAUGCACCCACAACCAAUGUUUUGACGCGUCUUCGUUCUUGCAACUCCAGGAACAAGCGCCAACUUGGUCUUGUCCUGUUUGUUCCAAAGCUACAAGUUUCGAAUCACUACAGAUUGACCAGUAUGUCGAUGACAUACUUCGUUUAACCUCGUUAGACGUUGAACAAGUCAUUAUAGAACCGGAUGGCCGAUGGUCUAGCCCCAAUCACGAAGAGUCUUCGAAACCGGGCGGGUUUACUCCAGCAACGGAUGAUGAUGAAGACUUGAUUGAGAUCAGGGAGCCUGGAGUUACGCCUAUCAAACAAGAAUCUCUCUCAGAUCCAACUCUUUUGGUGCACCGGACUCCCACGCAGUCACGAGAGCCUUCGGCAGCAUCAUCAGCGGCUCAUUUAUCCACAAACAAGCGCAAUGCUGCUCAGGUGAUCGACCUUACCGGAAGUGAUGAGGAGGAAGAUACCCCGAUCAGGCCUGCUAAGCGGCCAGCGUACAAUUCAAUGAACCGGCCCUCGCCUAGGCAGGAUUUUUGCAACCCGUACAAUGGGGGCUUUCUAAAUGGAGACAUCCAAUUAUCAAGCCAGCCUAGUUCUGAAUAUCCUACUCAGGCCGGAACGGUCUUUGUCAUGUCUUCCGACAUACCGGCUUCGCCCCCCAAUGCUUCGGAUCCUCAUGCACGGCUCCUCGGCGCCUCAUGUCUUGAUUUCCUCCUGAUAGAGCUCGUCCCUAUGGCGGAGCGCAUGGCAAAAGAACUUGCCUCAGGAGAGAAGUCACCAGAUGAUGAAGAAAUCCGGGAAACUACCUUUUUCCGCCUCGAAUCUCUAGGUUACAGAGUUGGACAAGGACUCGCAGAACGCAGAUUCUCUCGAGAUCGCCCGCGAUUUGCGGAUAACCUGGACAUCAUCAAGUUUCUGUGCAAAGACCUAUGGACGAUUCUAUUUAAGAAACAGGUUGAUAAUUUGAAGACCAACCACCGGGGUGUAUAUGUCUUGACUGACAACUCCUUUCGUCCGUUUGCAAGGAUGAGUACAUCUGUUCGAGGUGAAGCGGUAUCUAUGGCUCAAGCGUACUUAUGGUUUCCAUGCGGUGUCAUUCGCGGUGCUCUAUCGAAUUUAGGUAUUACAACUACUGUCCAAGCGGAAUCUGCUGAGCUUCCAGGCGCAACCUUCCAAAUCAAAACCGUCAACCCCAAGCCUUGA